AUGGUGUGGAAGUUGAAGGAGAAUCGGAUACCCGACCAAGCACUUUCAAUGCUACUGGUACAUCAUCAUCUUCCCGGCUUUGGAGGUCAAAAUGGCACCACGAGGAUGCAAGAAAAAUCCUUCAAUAACACUAAUGUAAAGGAAAGAUUGUUCUGCGGUGAUAUUGAAGAAGGCAAGCAUGGUUAUGCCAACCUUCUAUCUUCGAUUCUCGAUGACCAACUUGAGAAGAAAGAUAGUCAACUUCUUACCUACAUUGUUCAUGUCCGAAGGCCGAAGCACGAUGAGUUGCUUGGUGAUGAAGAUGUAGAAGAUUGGCAUAGAUCUUUCUUGCCAAACAAUACUCUUGAUACUGGUGAGGCACGCUUGGUUCACUCUUAUCGUCAUGCAAUUAGUGGAUUUGCUGCAAGACUAACUUCAGAAGAAGUGAGAGCCAUGGAGUCCAUGGAAGGGUUCUUGAUGGCACGGCCGUCUAGGACACUAAAGCUCUCCACUACCUACACACCAAGAUUCUUGGGUUUAGACCAUCAAAGUGGUUUAUGGGUUGACUCGUUCAUGGGGUCAGGCGUCAUAAUUGGUGUUGUUGACAGUGGCAUCACUCCAAACCAUGCUUCUUUCAUGGAUAAUGGCACAAUGCCACCCAAACCCACCAAAUGGAAGGGGAGUUGUCGUUUCCGCAACAAAACACUAUGCAACAACAAACUCAUUGGUGCUAUUGAUUUUAGUGGCUCAAAAAGGCCUUCACCAAAAGAUGCUAAGAAUGACGGGCAUGGGACACAUGUUGCAGGCAUUGCCGCUGGAAGCUUCGUUGAUAAUGCUGAUGUUCUUGGGCUUGCCAGGGGCACUGCAACAGGUAUCGCACCUAAAGCUCAUCUUGCUGUUUAUAAGGCUUGCUCCAUUAAGAGCUGUUCGAAUCAAGAUAUUGUGGCAGCUAUAGAUGAAGCUAUUAAGAAUGGUGUAGAUAUUCUCUCACUUUCCCUGGAAGGAAAAUCUCUUCCCUUCUAUGAUGAUAUCAUGAUGAUUGCAACACUCUCAGCUGUUAGAGCAAAAAUAUUUGUUUGUAUGGCCGCAGGAAACUCAGGCCCUAAUCCAAAAACUGUUGCAAAUGGUGCUCCAUGGAUCCUUACUGUUGGAGCUAGCACCCACGAUAGGAGGGUUAGUGCCACCGUCAAACUAGGAAACGGUGUGGAAGUUGAAGGAGAAUCUGGAUACCAGCCAAGCACUUUCAAUGCUACGGGUAACAUCAUUUUUCCAGGCUUUGGUCAAAAUGGCACACUAGGAUGCAAGAAAAACUCCUUUAAUAACACUAAUGUAAAGGGAAAGAUCGUCUUGUGCUCAAUUAAAGAAGGCAAGUAUAGAGACAUGAGCGUCAAUGUGAAAAAUGCCGGAGGGGUGGGGAUGAUAGUAGUGAAUACAUUUAGGGAAGGAGCUACUACUUUAUCUUAUGAUUAUGUACUCCCAACAGCUCAUGUCAACUACACCACAGCACGCAAAAUUGUGAAUUACCUCAGAAACACAAGCUCAGCUGCUACCGCAACAAUUGCAUUUAAUGGUACAAAGUUUGGAGCACGGCCAUCUCCCACCAUCGGUUACUUCUCUUCAAGAGGUCCACAUCCUUAUAAUGGUGGUAUAAUAAAGCCUGAUAUCCUUGGACCUGGGAUGAAUAUCCUUUCCGCAUGGCCAGUUAAAUCUGGACCAAAACCUAAAGGUCCUCCAGGCUCAUAUUUUAACUUCGACAGUGGUACAUCAAUGGCCACACCUCAUCUUGCGGGGAUUGCUGCACUACUCAAGAACACUCACAAGAAUUGGUCGACCGCAGCAAUCAGGUCAGCAAUCAUGACAACUGCCAAUAGGUUUGAUCUUGAUGGAAACCCAAUUCUGGAUGACUAUGAUAUGCAUAUCAAUCCUGGAUAUUCGUUUGACAUGGGUUCAGGACAAGUGGAUCCUGCUGCAGCUAAUGACCCUGGACUUAUUUAUGAUAUAAAUCCAGAUCAAUACAUUCAGUACGCUUGUGGCCUAGGAUACAAUGACACACAAGCUUCAAUUGUUGCUGUCAGUUCAGUUCAAUGUUCGGUUGUUGGCAGCAUUGCUCCUGAGAAUCUAAACUAUCCUUCGAUAUCAAUAUCUUUGGAUCCUUUGACAACAAAGUCUGUCAUUCGCACACUAACAAAUGUUGGGGGUGCUAAUGAGGUUUACAACGUAGAUGUCGAAGAACCAAAUGGAAUUCAAGUAGUUGUCUCUCAGUCUCAAAUUAAAUUUUCACAAAUUGGUCAAGAGAAGAACAUCACUCUUGAAUUUAGUAGUAAGGGGGUGCCUUUAAACCAAGGUAAUAUCUUGUAUGGACAUCUUAAACUGGACUCUGGUAAGCACUUGGUAAGGAGCCCCAUAUCCGUCACCAUCCUUUGA